CAGUGACGUACAUUGGUUGACGGCAACAACAAAAAAAAAGGAAAAAGGAAACGCGAACUGCCGCAAGAAGCUUGAGCCGAAGCCCGUCCGUUGAAUUCACGGUGAAGGCGAUUUAAUACAACCAGACAAGUACUAGUAUGUAUGGCUUUAUUGUAACUGUCGAAGAUGGUAGUUAAACUUGAGUCAACUUCGGAAGUGAUUCGGCUGGUGAAGCUCUGCCCCGGAGGAGACAGCCCUCACUGCUCCGCCAGCUCGCGGGCGUCAGCUCUCCGGAUGGACGACUGAACGCGCACCGGGGCCACACAUCGACGAGCUAUGACGGCGUCGUGAGAGGACGGUGUCUCGAUAACGCGGCCGAGAAAUGAGAGUUGUUUUGUGAGUGCCUACAGCGACCUCCCGAGCACCGUGUCCCAGACCGUUAACGGGCACGCAAUGAAGAACUGCGAGUACCAGCAGAUCGACCCGCGGGCGCUGUCGGUGUCGCCCAUGUCGGCGCAGAACCGCGCCGAGAUGAAGGCGCAGCGGUCGCGGAGGAAAUGGGAAGUGUUCCCGGGGAAGAACAGGUUUUUCUGCGACGGACGGAUUAUCGUGGCCAGACAGAGCGGCGUCCUUCCCCUGACACUGGGCCUUAUUGUUGUCACGUGUGGCCUUUUCUUCGCAUUUGAUUGCCCUUUCCUCGUGGAGCAUCUGACUGUCUUUAUUCCUGUGAUCGGUGGGGUUCUCUUCUUGUUUGCGGUCAUCUCCCUGCUGAGAACCAGCUUUACAGACCCAGGCAUCCUACCCAGGGCCACCCCGGAGGAAGCAGCAGACAUAGAGAAGCAGAUAGAUACCUCAGGAUCCUCUACAUAUCGCCCCCCUCCGCGAACCAAGGAGAUUCUCAUCAACCAGCAGGUGGUGAAGCUCAAAUACUGCUUCACUUGUAAAAUGUUCCGCCCUCCUCGGACCUCCCACUGCAGCCUCUGUGACAACUGUGUGGAACGGUUUGACCAUCACUGCCCGUGGGUGGGGAACUGUGUGGGCAAACGCAAUUACCGUUUUUUCUACAGCUUCAUCAUCUCUCUGUCUUUUCUGACAUCGUUCAUAUUUGGCUGUGUCGUCACGCACAUCACCCUGCGUUCUCAAGAAGGUAAAAGCCUCAUUCAAGCCAUUCAAGAGAGCCCGGCCAGUGUGGUGGAGUUGGUGAUUUGUUUCUUCUCCAUCUGGUCUAUUCUGGGCCUCUCAGGCUUCCAUACAUACUUAGUAGCCUCCAACCUCACAACAAAUGAAGAUAUAAAGGGCUCUUGGUCAAGUAAACGAUGUACAGAGGAGUCUGGGAACCCGUACAGUUACAACAAUAUCAUAACCAACUGCUGUGUGACAUUAUGUGGCCCAAUGCCCCCAAGUCUGAUUGACAGAAGAGGUUUUGUGCCACUCGUUGAGGCGAGCCCUGCUGCUUCGGCCACGGAGAUAGAGCUGCCCCCCUUCCUGGCCAAGAAUGAUUCGAAUAUGGAGGAGAACUGUCAGGAGUUUUCUUUGUCCUGCACAGCUUGAAGGGCACUGCUGUAUAGACGGUCCAUGUGCACUCGGAGCACGAAGGAUGUGCUGGCGAGGAUGGUUCACGCCUUUGACUCUCGUGGCCUGUGCCCUCCUGGCACUCCAAAGACCACCCCUGUGGGCGUAGAGGUGUCCAGCUCACCGUCUGCCGGCUGCCCCCUGUUCAGCAGAAGCAGCAGGAAGAGAGACUCUCUUCACUCCAGCAACCCGGCCUUCCGCCUGGCUUCUCCCUCCCCGUCGUUGAGCCGCAAUACAAUGAUUCUGGGCGAGGGGCCCGACGUUGGCUUCAUCCCGAUACCCUGAGUACGCCCAGUGACCAUCAGGAAGUGGAAGGAGUCGCUCGACGCCGCUCUGGCUAUGUCUUUUUGCAUAGUGGUGGUCAUGCUGUGUGUUGCUGUUCGGUGUCUCAAGAUGUCAUUCUGAUGAAUUGGUUAAGCAUCACUUGGAGGGUUUUUAUGUUCUGUGAGUUGUAUCAACAAUAUUACAAGUGUCUUUCAGGAUGAAGGUCAAUCUUAGUAAUACUCAGAAGCACAAUAUAGAGAUAUUUUUUUAACACCUUUUUAUUAAGACACCCAGAACAUGCCUCCACACCUUCCACUGAACCUCAAGCCAUACGCCACAGCCACAGUGUUUUAAGUUCCUGCUAAUAUAUUAUGCACACGGGGAUGGAGUUCUUACGGUAUACGUGUGGAUGCUAGAUUACAGAAACGCACGUUUUAGAUUUACUGAACUGGCAAUGCUCUGAAAUAGUGAGCCAUUUUAGGAUUAUCAACUCCAAAGUUGGCCUUACAUCAUGUUCCAUAAUUUCUUAUCAUCCUGAUGUCAUCUGGUGGAACCAGCUUGACGGUAUUCAGAUUAAAUGAGCAAUCGCAGUGUGAAGGGGGAGCAGCGCGAGGAGCGCGAGGUGCAGUUUUUAUUUAAUUUUUUAACGUUCGCAUUUCAAGGUCUUGCUGUGUUUUGUAGUCCCUUCUGCAUGCGGUGUGUGUAUCAGAUGCUCUGAAGCUAAAUGGUAAAUAUAUUUUCUUGUGAGGUGUAUCACUUUAGAAGACCAUCAUUGAAAUGUUGUCCAGAUAUUUUUUCACGUACGACUAGUGAUGAAAUAUUUUAUUUUUCUUGCUUUAUCUCAUUUGUAAGUAUUUGGAUCAAAAAUCAAAUUAGCUGCUGCCCACCAGGGCUUGGAUUGCAGUGUUUAUCUCUGACACGCUGUUUCCUGUUAAUGUGCUUUACUGGGAUGCUUUUCAGUGAGCAUCUGUUGUUUUUCUUCUUCUUCUUUGCCCUCGGGGCACUUGGGCCGUGCGUUGCCUGUUACGAGUGUGUUGGCGGCGGCGGCGUGUGGACUGUUUCAAGCAGAGGAAUUUUAAUGAGGUCUCUUCACACGCUCAUUUUCAUGGCUGUGACCUUUUUUCUUCUUCUCACUGUAUGAAACUUGACCCUCUGAUCUGUGUGGCGGAGGACAAUAAUAGUAAAUGGCAGCAGUACGUUUGUGCCACUAGGGGGCAGCAUGUGAAUACAGAUUGCAGCCCAGUCAAGAGGACAGUUGAGUAACGUGACAGCCAUUAGACAAAAGGCCUUUUUGAUGUAUUAUUUAUUUUUGUUUGUACUUGAGCGUAGAAGCUGUCCAUAGGUUGUGAAGAGCCACGUUGCCAUAGACAGGGGGUCGUUCAUUUAUCCGUCUGCAUCAAGACCCUUAGGUUGUGUAGACAUUUGACUGUAACAAGCAGUGCUUGUAUGGACACACUUGUUUGUUUGUAUUUUGUAGGAUGUAACAGUGGAACUGUAACACACGGUCAAUAAAAAUGAUCACUUUUGUUGGUUUUUCGCUUUUUA